AUGGCUGAGUCUACUUCGCGCCCGGUGCGCAUCAUCGCCCACUUCCUUGAGGAGGUGGGCCUCGUCACCAUGUGGCAUUCAUCGCUCGACGUCAAGCUUCUCUGCGCCCAGCGCUUCGUGCGGAUCGCUGAUGACCAUAUCGGCUUGUUCAUGACUUUGACCUUGAUAGGAGAUGUCGUGAUCAGUUUUUUCCUGACUCUGUUCGCAGACAAGAUUGGUCGGAAGGCUGUGCUGUCGCUGGGCUCGGUGUUGAUGGCCGGCAGUGGCGUUGUGUUUGCGCUGACGGGCAAUUAUUGGGUCCUGCUUGCUGCGGCGGUCUUUGGUGUUAUAAGCCCAAGUGGAAAUGAGAUUGGGCCCUUCCGUGCCGUUGAGGAGUCCACUUUGGCCCAUCUCACGGUGCAUGAGAAACUUCCUGAUGUCUUUGCGUGGUACUCGCUGGUUGGAGCGGCCGGUACCGCAUUGGGUCAAUUGGUGUGCGGUUGGAUGCUUACCUCGCUGCAGUCUCUGCAUGGAUGGGAGUUUAUCCCGUCGUGUCGGAUUAUGUUCGUCGUCUACGCGGCUGUUGGUGUGAUUAAGCUGAUAUUUACCCUGGCGUUGAGCCGGAAGGUCGAGUAUGUGGAGGAGGAGCCGGUACCGCAGAACGAUGAGACUCGUCCGCUCCUUGGAGACUCUGCGACCGUUGAAGAGUUUCCCAAAAAGAAAGGACUGUUUGCGUCCAUUGAGAAGGGUCUUUGGUCGCUCGUCAUUCGUCUGUUCAUUCUCUUCGGUUUGGACGCUUUUGCCUCUGGAUUGGCAUCGAUGGCCUGGAUGACAUAUUUCUUCCACCGCAAAUUCAGCCUGCCCGAAGGUGAACUCGGCACUAUCUUCUUCGUGACCAGCAGUAUUUCUGCUGCUUCCAUGCUGGUUGCAUCGUCGAUUGCCAAGCGUUUCGACCAUGGUCUUUACCCAUCUGCCAUCAGCUAUCUGUCUGGCGAUGAUCUCCGUGCCAAACAGCCUGCCAUUCGCGCUCACAUUCCUCGUUCUGCGCGCUUGUACCCAGAGCAUGGAUGUGGCCCCCCAGCUAUUAUGGGCGCCGUCAAUGUCGUCAAGACCACGACUCAGAGUAUGGGUCCUCUUCUCACCGGUAUCUUGGCUCGCAACAAUAUGUUCGGGGUUUCCUUCAUCAUUGCGGGUGUUCUGAAGGUCGUCUACGACCUCGGCAUGCUGACCAGCUUUGCCGGCAAGGAAGCUGCGAAGCGCAAGCAGACUAAGCAAAGCGACGACGAGGCUCAGUAG